AUAAUGCAUGUGGGGACAAGAUAUCUGAACGAGAAUCCACGCAAUCUCCCAAAAUAAUGUUGAUGUCUGGAAAGGAAAUCGGGAUGUAUAAUCCAGAAAAUAUAUUCUGGGCAAUUUUUGCAUUUAUGUGGAUCGUUUACCUGUGGGAAACGUACCUUUCUCAUCGUCAGCGUAAUAUCUACAGAAACACAAAAGAAGUGCCAUCUUCCCUCAGAGAUGUAAUCGAUAACGAGACCUUUGAGAAAGCUAGGCUCUAUGGACUGGACAAGAGUAGCUUUGGAUUCUGGCAUGGGAUCUACGAACAGAUUGAAUCAUCUAUCAUCCUAGUACUCGGUGGUAUACCAUACCUGUGGAUGUUAGCUGGCAAAGUCACCAACCGCUUGGGCUAUGGACAUGAAUAUGAGGUGAGCAUAGAGCAGUAAAUCGGUCGACACACAAUUCAUCUACUUUCCGGUUAAUAGUCUCAUCCCAUAUGAUCUAAUCCUAGUUUGUCUACAACCAGGGGGGUGUUUCACAAAGAUUUAAGUAUGACUUAGAGUCGCACUUUAGUUGCGCGCAGGAUAAAAGGCAUGACAGUAUUGGUAAGAUCAUGCUGAGAAGGACACGCACUACCGCGUAUUGAUCAAUAUUAAAGAUUGCGCGUUGCAUAUCAUGUACAUUUACGUGUCAACAUUUACAAUGUAAGUGCGAACUAAUUCAUAGUUAAAUCUUUGUGAAACACCCCCCAGUUCAUAUAGGCCUACUGAUCAUUUGGUUGAAUUGCCUUCUCGCCCAUUCACCAGUUCAUGUCUAAUUUCUGUUAAUAGACUGUCCACAUGAUCCGACAACUCUUAUA